ACGAUUAAUCACGAUUUGUUUACAUUUGAAGUGAGAUAAAGCAUUGGUUGAACAAAUAUUAAACGUGGAUAGUGCGUGGCGAGGAAAGGAUUCGCUUAUUACGAUGUGUUUAGACAACAGGCGUUUAUUGACAGUUCUCAUUCGAAUUCUCGCAUGCCAAACACAUUGUUUUACACAGAUAGCUAAUGCUGAGGAUAUAGUGGUAAGUGGACAACAAUGUCAAAAUUGCCAGUCUACUACGCAGCUAAACAUCCUGAGCAAGAUGAUAUAUUUCUGAUGCCAAAUGGUAGCCAGGAUAACAUAGAGUCGGCGUUGCGAUAUAAAGCGAGGGCGAAAGAUUUAUUUCUAUGUAGUUAUCCUAAAUGUGGAGUAACUUGGCUUCAAAAUAUAGUUUGGAGAGUUUUACAUCAUGGUCAGCCUUGUGAGACUCAUUUGAGGAAUCACAUAUCAUUUCUUGAGUUUGAUGGUGAAGAUGCAAUUUUUAAAACAACAACUGGAGAAGAUAUUAGUGUUAUAAAAACACAUUUUCCUUAUCACUGGGUUCCAAAACACGCCGAAGCGAAAUAUAUAUUUAUUGCCCGAGAACCAAAAGACGUUUGCGUUUCACUGUUUUAUCACAUAAAGGGUUUUCCUGAUUAUGAAUUUGAUGGCUCAUUUGAUGACAUUUUUGAAGGAUUCUUGGAAGGUACGAUCGACUGCGGUGACUAUUUUCAAAUUUUGAUGGAAUGGUUUGCUGUGAGAAACGAUGCUUCUGUUUUGUUUCUGUUAUAUGAAGAUCUUUUGUCGGAUACAAAAAAUGAAAUUUUAAAAAUUGCUCGAUUUAUUGGAAAUCACUGUGAAGAAGACUUGACAUCAGAUAGCGAAGCAAUUUUGAGGAAAAUAAUUGAAGAAACGCAAAUAAGCGAGAUGCGUAAAGAUGACUCCAAAUGGGUGCUUUCAGAACGGUCCAUUCCUUUUAUCAGGAAGGGAGUCAUAGGUGACUGGAAAAAUCACAUGACUGUCGAGCAAAGCGAAAAAAUUGACAAGAAGUUGAAAGAAACGACCAAAGGAAAUGGCUGUGAAAAAUUAUGGGAGAAGUGGCAGUAGGACAUUAAAAAAUUUUCUUGCUUUCAA